UCUCUUUUCGGUGGUGAACGGGCUACGCGGCCCAUUCGAAAGCCCGAAACACAGCGGCGGCCCACCAAAAACUAGCGGAAUAAAAACAGGACGCGCACGAACCAGGUCAGACACCGAACGCGAGCGAGCCAGCCAGCCAAAUCGAGCCCCGUUCCCCGAAACCAGGCGGCACCACCACCACCCACCCAUGGCCUCCCUGGCGGCGAGAUCCGGCCUCCGCUCCCUGGCGGCGCGCGCCAGGGCCCCCGCCCCGGCCACGGGCGGACGCCGCAUGUCCUCCUCCGCCCACGACGACGCCUAUGAGACGGCCAAGUGGGAGAAGAUCACCAUCAUGGGGGCCGUCACCUGCACCCUCCUGGCGGCGUGGAACCUCUCCAAGGGCCACCCCCACUUCGACGAGCCGCCGGCCUACCCCUACCUGCACAUCCGCAACAAGGAGUUCCCCUGGGGACCCAAUGGCCUGUUUGAGGUCAAGCACGACCAUUGAGUACUGAAUAGUGCAUCAUAAGAAGUCGGUGAAUGCUUCAGUAAAAUUCUCUGUUUGUUCCAGUGGUUUUUUUAUUUUCAUUGCGAUCUAUUUGUGGCAAGAAAUAAGAAAGACAAACUCUUGUGUUGACAAUCCGGAAUUGACUGAAUUGUGUCUACCCUUUUUUUCACAUCAAUGAUCUAUGUGAGACGAUUGUCUUGUCUUGCCCAGUUUGACACACCGGUCAUUAUAAUACUCCAGUGUAAUGCUCAGCUAUCUGGAUGAACUUCUGUCCCAAUACAUACAUAUUCACCUCCUAA